AUUUAAACUGCAAGAUAUUAUUCCACAAAUUACGGAAAUCAAACAUAAAUUACGGGACAAAAACACCGGUCCAGAUUAUUUGUCAAAACAUCCUACUUCCUCUCCAUGCGUCGAAACUACAUUAGAAGGCAACGAAGAACAUUGGCCUCGCGGAACGGAAGCUUGGGAAAUUAAACCACCUCGUGUCAGCUCAUUUACGGCACAAAUAAAUGCCGUUAUCACUCGUCAAGAAGCAAAACGACGGCAGCAACGACAACUACUGCCCGAAUCUCUUUCACGUCGUAUUACUACGGCCACUAGUUCAACGUCUGCUACUUCAACAUCUUCAAGAUCUCUUUCCUCAACGCCCCUAUUCAGUUUCAGUACUAAUCGCAUUCGUGAUAACAGAACACUAUCCCACAGCGCUUGUUACAGUGCCUGUAAUAAUGGAUAG